CUUGAUCAAGGAUUGCGGAAUGGAUUUGGAAGGUUUCGAAGAGCUUGCGAGUUUUUCACACCCUGAGAUAGACAACUCAGACGAUAAGUUUGAGGAUGAGGACAUCGAAGAGAUUAUCUUUUUGGAAGAACUUACAAAUCAACAAUUUCUGGGGCAAACAGUGUUAAAACAGCGCGGGGAAAACACCUGUCCAUUUGACAUUCUUCCUGAGGAAAUUAUUCUCAAAAUAUUCUCAUUCUUUACUCUUGGUGAGUUGUGUGGACAUGUGGCCCUAGUUUGUAAGAUGUGGCUUCAUUAUUCCAGAUGUCCACUUUUACGACAGAAACUCUCCUUCUGGGAUAGAAGCAUAGAAAGCUCUCUUGUGGAGAUCAGCGACAUUAUCAAAUCCAAUUUUCCUCUUCUUAGAGACCUCUGUCUUCAGCCAAAGAUGGACUUAACGCUACAUGGCUGUAGAUUGCUGGCACAAUCAUGCCCUCAUCUGCAGAAACUCUCCUUGUCUUUUUGUAGUCAAGUCAACAAAUCCAUUAUCGAUCAAUUUGUCACGUUUUGCCCAAAGUUACGUGACCUUAAUCUAGCAGGAUGUGGCGUGACAGAUCAGUGUUUGGAUGGCCUGAACAAGGUACCCUUGAGGAGAUUAAACGCCUCCCAUUGCACUAAGCUUACAGACGAUGGACUUAAGUUUCUUUCAACAGAGUGUUAUCAACUUUGUCACAUAAAUUUUGAUGGAAUUCAGUGGAUCACUCAUGAUGCAAUCACAGUGCUGGUGGAAAAGUGCUACAGACGUCUUGAGUAUCUCUGGCUUGAUGGUGAAAACAUGACUGAUUGAACUGUUCAACUAAUUGGAAAAUGUUACCAUUUAAAAUGUUUUGGUUUGUCCUUUUGUACCUCGUUAACUGACCAAGCUCUGGAAGGUGUGCAGAAUAUGAAAAAUCUUGUAUCCCUGACAUUGAAAAAAGGUACAGAGUUUUCUGCCAAAGCUUUAAAAGAACUUUUUGAACAUCUUCAUCCACAAAAUUCGGGUAGUGCUACUGGCUUACUCCAUGUCAGUGUUGCGGAGUGCACAAACCUCAAUGAUGAAGCUGUAAAUGCACUGGCUGACAGCUGUAGAAAUCUGCAAAGCAUUGACAUCUCCUGGUGCUGGGAAGUUACUGAUGCUGGCCUUGAGCGUGUGAUCAACAGCUGUCACCAAAUGCUUGAUAUGAACAUCUGUGGUGCGAAAGACUUUCGUGGAAAUCCAUUGAAAAAGAUACCACAGCAAAUGUCUAGAUUAAGACGACUUGAUGCAACACAGUGCAAUCUGGUGCCAGAUGAACUAUUGGAUGAACUUGUGUCAAUAAUGCCGCAGAUGACUGUUAUAAAUUAUUAUGGCGAGGAAGUAUAUCCACUAAAAUAUAUCGAUGGGUCCCACAUUAUUAAGGAUGGGACAUGGUGUACAUAACAACAACAUAUGACCAACAGCAUUUGAUUAUCAGGUUUCUAAGUUCUCUGAAUACCACAAUUGAACAGGUAAUCAUACUGAAGGGGUUUUUGUAUAUUUGGUUGACUGUUUCUUAAGGCAAAUAAAUGAGACAUAAGAUGUUGAAUUGAUAAACAGGUAAUUGAGUUUUC